AUGGUGCAUUUAGCAUCAUUGGUGGACGUGUGGAAGUGUGUCUUUGGUGGAUCUGUUCGGAUCUGGUCGUCGUUCGUCUACUUUCGUGUGUCUUCAGAAGAAAAGGAAAAGCUUGCAACCUUGCUGUCCUUGCUUAAUAAUAACGGGCCUUUGUUCUUAUCCUGGGCCACAAACCUGAAGCCUCUUUCCAUCCAGCUCAUCCCACUUGUCAACUCCCCUCCGACUCCGAGGGCACGGGCGGCGAGCAUGGCGGCGGGGCCGGCGGAAGCCCUGAAAUCCUUCGAGGAGAGAGCUUCCGAUGCCGAGGCACGGUUAGCAAAGCUGGAAGCCCUGCUGCUGAACAAAGAUGGCGCAUCCGAGGCAAGUUCAUCUGCCAUGAGAGAUCUUGAGUCAAAGCUUGACGCAGCCACCAAAGAAUGUCUUGCCGAGAAGGAACAGAACCGGAAGCUGACCGUGGAGAACGAGAAGCUCCAGUAUCGUGUCUCCCAUCUCAUCCGAACAAUCAAAGAGGCGGAGUCAAGAUAGAGAAGCCUCUGAUAAGCUGGAUCCCGUAAAACUAGUCCUAUUUUGGCUUCGAGAGAGACGGUCAUCUCGCAAAUCUGUCUAUGUGCUCGGUGUUGACGUCUGUUGGAGUUGGUUUGAACUUUUAAUCUGUCAUUCCAAUGUUGAUGAAAUGUGGCUGGUACGUGUAAGCUUAGCAGUAAUGCAUUGAUCAGAUCGAUUAUUCGUGUCGACGAACAUUGAGCAGCGUGUUGCUAUCGGUCGCAGCGAAAGAUGAAGGUGAAAGAUAUUCUACGUGUGCAA